UUUUUUUUUAACUUUGGUUAAUUCAAAUUAUCUUUUAUGAUGGUAUCAUCAACCUCUCAUCAUUUUACACCACUACCAUCAGAAGAUACUCAUAUAGUUGUUGAUGAUCAAGAUGAAAAUCACCCUACACCAAUUCGAUCAGUAGAUGAUAUCUUGGAUGUCUUAUUAGGUAGAGUAGGUUAUGGUCGGUUUCAUACUACUUUACUGAUUCUCUGUGGAUUUGGUUGGCUUGCAGAUAAUAUGUGGCUUCAGACUGUGGCUAUUAUAUUACCAAGAGUACAAGAACAUUUUCAAGUAGAUGAUAAGUGGAUUGGUACACUUUCAAGUUCUUUGUUUACUGGUAUGAUGAUAGGUUCUUUCUUUUGGGGAAGUUAUUCUGAUACAAGAGGACGCAAGUUACCAUAUACAAUGACUUUAGCUAUCACUUCUGUCUUUGGUAUCCUUUCAAGUUUUGCCUUUAGUUUUUGGAGUUUAUGUGUAUUAUUAUUUCUUCUUGGAUUUGGUGUAGGUGGCAAUAUGCCUACUGAUGGUGCUUUAUAUUUGGAAUUCUUGCCACGAGAAUAUCAUUAUCUCUUAACUUUUAUGUCUGUUUUCUUCUCUUUUGGUGCUGUAUUGGCUUCUGUACUUGGUUAUAUUAUCCUACCUUCCACAAGUUGUCCUGAACCUACCCCCGAAAAUCCUUUUCCUUCUUGUGUUUUGGCAACCGAAAAUCGUGGAUGGAGAAUCAUGCUAUUCUCAGUUGGUAUUAUCACUCUUUUUAUGUUAGCUGCUCGGUCCUUUUGUUUACGUCUACCAGAAACGCCCAAAUUUUUACUCAGCAACAACAAACAUAAGGAAACUAUUAUUGUUCUUCAGGAUAUUGCAAAGAUGAAUGGAAAUAGUUAUGUGGAUAUUCAAGCUUCCGAUUUACAUGGUGACCAUCAUGACAACAAUGAUGGUGGUGAUAAUGAACAAGACGGAUUAUUAGCAACAACUCAUUUCACAAACAAGUCAGCCGAUCAAGGAUCAACAGAUACUAUGACACCAUCCUUAUCAUCAGCAGACAUGAAUUCUACACAACAAUAUCAAAAUGAUAAUCGACCGUUUGAUGAAGAAAUCCAGAACGCUAACUCUAUCUUACAUGCUGAUGAUGAAUCACCUUCUCCUCCACCUCUUGAUACCUUGAAUAGCUGGACUAUUCUUAUGAGUGAAAAAUGGCGAUUGACAGUGUUUUUGGUUUGGGGUAUUUGGAUCUUUACAUCAAUGGCAUUCACCAUGUUCAACGUUUUUUUACCAAAAUACCUGGAAACCUUGGGAUUCGAUGGUGAAGCUGUACCUACAAGAAAAGAUGUAUAUUGGGAUUAUAUGAUUUAUUCUAUUGCUGGUGUACCUGGAUCUGUGAUGGCAUCUUAUCUGAUUGAAACUCGAUUAGGAAGAAAAGGAACAAUGGCAUUUUCAGCAUUUGGAUCAGCAUUGGCGUUAUUUCUAUUCUCAAUCAUUGAUUCUCGUAUUACCAUGCUAAUCUCAUCAUCUUCUGUUUCCUUUUUGGCGACCUUGUUAUAUGCAGUGAUUUAUGGAUAUACACCUGAAGUCUUUGAUACAGCUGUACGUGGAACAGCCGUUGGUACAGCUUCUGGAUUAGGUCGUGUGGCAGGUAUCAUCAGUCCUAUUGUUUCUGGUAUCUUGUUGACCAUCAGUACUUCAUUACCUCUCUAUGUCAGUGUGAUUGGAUUUAUUAUCGUUGGUGUUUGCAUUGUGUUAUUACCCUAUGAAACAAGAUCUUCAAAAUAAGUAGUACUCCUUUUUUUGAUAUAUAUAUAUAUAUAUAUAUAUAUAUAUAUAUAUAUAU